UGAAUAUGGAGUGGCCGAAUGAAACGAUCGCCGAAUUUUUAACUUUGUAUGAAGGCGAACCCUCUCUGUGGAAUUCGAAAAAUGCGGAGCAUAAAAACAAAAACGACCAGCAUGAUGCCUGGCUGCGAAUUAAACAGAAUUUAAAAGGUGGUACCAUACCGUUACAAGAAAUUAAAAAGAAAAGGGAUUCUUUAAUGGGAACCUAUAGAAAAUUAAGAAGUAAAGUUUGCCAAUCAAUAAAGUCUGGCAGCGGUGCUGAUGAAAUCUAUAAGCCUGACUGGCCAUUUUAUAAUGUGAUGGCCCAAUUUUUGAAUGAUGUGUAUACUCCAAAGAAAACGAAGGAUUCUGAGGUCACUGACGACAUAGAAGAAAUAGAAGAUAACCGUGAUUUAGAUGCCUCUGAAGAUAGUAAACAGGAUGAUGAAGAAUCAGUUCAAUUUAAAAGACCAAAACCUCUUCCUAAAAAACGUGCUAAAAAUAUUGAUAUAGAAAAUAAAAUGAACGAAGCAUACGACUAUAUAAAACAAAUGACUCAAAAACCCCAAAUCCCGCAAGAUGAAUGUUCAUUAUACACACAAUUAUUGUGCAAAAAAUUGAGAGGCUUACCAGAAAAUACACGUGAAAUAGCGAUGUUGGAAAUUGAUAGAUUGAUUUUCAAUCUGAAGCAAAAAGAACUAUCGUCAAACCCACAUGCACAAAUACUAAUCAACCCACCACAGCCCACGAAUUUUGGACAUUCCGGCAAUCUCUACUAUCAGCCAUCCACAUCCUACCAUCCAUAUCCUUCUCCACAGCAAUCCCCAACCUAUCAUCCAUCGCCUUCUUCACAGUCAUCCCCAAACUAUCAUCCAUCGCCUUCUCCACAGCAAUCCCCAACCUAUCAUCCAUCGCCUUCUUCACAGUCAUCCCCAAACUAUCAUCCAUCGCCUUCUCCACAGCCAUCCCCAACCUAUCAUCCAUCGCCUUCUUCACAGCCAUCCCCAACCUAUCAUUCAUUAUCUUCUCCACAGCCAUCCCCAAACUAUCCAUCUCCACAGCUGUCGCAAGUCGAAACAUCAGCUUCGCAAAGUCUAUUAAAAGAUUUCUAUGAAGAGGAGGGUAGUAAUUUAGUUUAA